GAUUUCCCGGCCGUGAAGUCUACCGGCGGUGUCGAGCGUGCGAUCAGUUUACUGGACGGCACGAGUGUCAGCGCCGGCGGCGGCACCGGUAGUAGUGGCCAUCGGAACGAGUCUAAGACAGCGGACAGUUACCAGCAGUUCCUGUGCCGACUCCGUGCGCUACUGUUGUCCUCCUAUUCGCGACAACUGGUCCGCUACGAAGACUACAUUCGGACAGUGCGUGAGUCGCGAACGCAGGCCAACUGGAACUUCUUCCACUUCUUCGGCCUUCAGGAACAGCUGGCCUUUGCCUUCGAGAUGCUCUCCCUAUACGACGAAGCGCUGGUACAGUACGACGAGUUGGACGCCCUGUUCAGCCAGUUUGUGAUCAACUCGACGGCCGCACCGAUGCCCGACUGGUUGUCCCAAUUGGCCGUCAACUAUGACCUCUGGCACGGCCUCUGCCUAUCGCCCGCUGUGUCGAAGGCUCUGCGCCGACAGUUCGCCGCCAGUGUUGGCAUCGAUGGCGAUGACAGCACUGGUGGGACAGCGCCGGCGACCACAACCGCCCCCAAGACAACACUCGUUGAGCUUCGGAACUAUCUCUUUGCCCGCCAAUCGGAGCUACUGUUGCUGUUGAACAAGCCCUGGGAGUUGGCCUCACGUGCGCUACCAUUCCUCCAGAACUGUGUCAACGAAUUGAAUAUAUUAGAAAUAACGAUGACUUCGGGUGGGAUCGCCUGUUGGGUGUUCUUAAGCGCGUUGGAAAUACUGCACAAAUGCGAACGAUAUAGCGAUUCAUCACAGAUGGAGUCCUACUCUAGACAUACGGUCGGCCUCUGGUCUUACGCCAGGAAUAAGUUGGCCGAAUUGGGUGCGCUGUGCGGACUGAUGCCCGGCAUGACUAUGACAUCGGAACACUUGCAUGUAGUGGUCGGCCUCAUAGCCGGUAUGGGCGACGACCCGCGCACUGGCGAAACACCGCUCAGCCCUCAGGAGCGGCUGAAGGAGGCGCUCAGCGGUCAGGAGGCGUUCCUCAAACACUAUCUGGAGAUAUCGGAGCUAACGAUGGGUACCUAUAAACACAUCGGACGCAUGCGAUUCGCCCGAUUCAUCGGCAAAGAACUAUCGGAACUAUAUAUAAAAAUGUCAAAACCACAGAAAGCGAUGCCAUUCCUCUUAGAUCUCGAGAAGGUUUUCUUACGUGAAAAGUGGCCGCAACUGCUCAACGAGAUCCGCGUACUGUUGCUCCGGUGCUAUCAACAGACGGGCGACUCUCGGCGCGAGUUUAAGGUGAGGUGUCAGUUGGCGGCCAACCCGUUGCUCACCGACGACCAGCGCCGGGAACACUGCGCGGCCGCCGAACGGCUGAUCGCUGGGAACAAAGCCGCCGCACAACCACUGGUGGUGCCGAUGGACGAGUUGUUUGACGUGCGGGACGUACGGCUGGCACUGGCGGAGGACAACUUCACGGUCACCAAUCGGACCGUCGAGUUGGACGCGAAGAUUGUGAGCAAUUUUCCCAAAGAGAUUCUUUGCGAUCGGGUGUUCGUGUCGCUGACCGCCGAGCCGUUAAUGGGUUCCCAUUUGGCCAAACACAAGACCUCUGUAGCCGCAGCGGCUAAGAGCUGUCCCCAUAUGGACGACGCGCCGGACAACUUGAAGAGUGCCGCAAAUAUCGUUAAACUGAUCCCAAGACCGCAAUUGGAAACGUUUCACACAAGUAUCUCAGUGGGCGUGAAGUGCAACAACACCAGCAAACUGUUGCUCCGCCGCAGCGACAGUCACGGCUUCAUACUCGGUCAGGACAGAGAGCCCGAAGUGCUGGACACCGGCCACGCGUUCACAGCACGCGCGGUGACCAUCAAACCGGGCGAAAACGCCGUACGGCUCCAGUACUCGACUCGAGAAUCGGGUACGUUUGUGGCCACACAACUGGUAUUGAACUGGGACUCAGGGGCCAACGUUGUGGGCACAACCGGCGGUGACCUGAGCCGCCACCUGUGCUUCGCGGUGAUCGCCGAAGAGCCCACUCUACGUGUGCUACAGUUGACCACUUUGGACGGCCGGGCGAGCGAUAUACUGGCCGGUGUCGAGCAGAGCAUUGAACUGCAACUCAAUUGCGGCUCAAGUAGUCUACCGGCCCGACUUCCGUUGACCAUCAGGGCCUCACACGGGCUACAGAUACGGCUCGAGACGGACGUACGCGACCCGCAGGCCCUGUACGACGAGAUCCAGUUCCCGCUGCCGGUGUCGCUGAAGCCGUUUCAGACCUACGAAAUACCGUUGAUUAUCAAAACUAAACUUUUCGCCCAAAAGGAGUGCACAUCAAUACAACACGAGCUGACCAUGACUUGGACAACGCCGACCGACACCACCGCCGCUGCCGGGACUACUCCCACAACCCCUACCAGUGCCGUCCCGGCGCCAGUGCCCACCAUGAAGCUAAUUAGCACACAGUUUCAUCUGUUGCCCCCAUUCCUGGCCACACAUCAACUUCACACUUGCGAUCGGCGCAAGUUUAUCGAGAUUCUGGUCAACUGUACGGCCAAA